AUGGGUAAUGACGGAGGGUCUAUCGCUCGUCGUGAUGAGCUUGUCAAGGUCAAAGUAGGCAAGCCAGUUCAGGAGGCUGCCAGACAGAGGCGAGCGCGAUGGUCUACUUGCGCUCUGUCCAAGAAGCCCCUCAAGCAGCCAGUCGUGGCGGAUGGCUUGGGCAGGAUGUACAACAAGGAGGCCCUUGUCAAUUGGCUCAUUCAAAGCAAGGUCAAUGACGCCAAGGGAGUCAAGGAUGAGGCAGGUGCGAAUAUGUCGCAUGUUAGGAAGCUCAAGGAUGUCACCGAGCUCAAGCUGCACGAUAAUCCAGCGGCAAACAUUCCCAAGAAUGGACAAAACGGCAGCAAUGGCCACCAAAACUCGGAUGACGAGCAAUUGCCCGCCCCCUUUGCCUGCCCGCUCACCGGUCGACCUAUGAACGGCUCACACCGCUUCGUCUUCAUUCGCGCGGCAGGGAGCGGCGCAGUGAUGAGUGAGUCUGGUCUCAAGGCCGUGCUGGGCUCCUCCUCGUCUUCAUCCUCAUCGAACGCGUCGGCGAAGGCCACCUGCCCGAUCACUUCUGCAACAUUCGAGCCAGGGUACAUCGCCCUCAAGGCUCCAGCUUCCUCUUCGUCAAGUAGUAGCGCCGUCGCUCCGCUCACAGCAUCCAAUGUCGCCGACGUGAUUCCACUGAACCCGGUACCGGAGGAGGAGGUGAUAUUGCGAGCGGUACUGCAAGCAUCUACCGCGACGGGCAAAAAGGAGAAGAAGAAUGGCAAGAGGAAGAACGGUGAUGAGGCG